AUGAGCUCGGUGAGCCAGAGGAGCUCCGGCCUGGUGCAGCGGCGCACCGAGGCCUCCCGCAGUGCCGCGGCCGGCAGAGAGCGAGCAGAGGACGGGGAGGAAGCAGAGAGCCGCCGCGCUGAGGAAGAGGACGCGGAGGGAGACUCCAAAGAAACCCGCUUAACCCUGAUGGAGGAGGUGCUGCUGCUUGGGCUGAAGGACCGAGAGGGCUACACGUCGUUCUGGAACGACUGCAUAUCGUCUGGUCUGAGGGGCUGCAUGCUGAUUGAGCUCGGCCUCCGAGGACGAUUACAUCUCGAACCAUGCGGCAUGAGGAGGAAAAGCCUGCUCACCCGAAAGGUGAUGUGUAAAUCGGACGCCCCCACGGGAGACAUGUUGCUAGACGAGGCGCUGAAACACAUUAAAGAAACUCAGCCUCCUGAGACAGUACAGAGCUGGAUCGAGCUGCUGAGCGGGGAGACGUGGAAUCCUCUGAAGCUGCACUAUCAGCUGAGGAACGUACGUGAGCGUUUGGCGAAGAACCUGGUAGAGAAGGGCGUCCUGACCACGGAGAAGCAGAACUUCCUGCUCUUCGACAUGACCACGCACCCGCUCACCAACAGCACGGUCAAGCAGCGGCUGGUCAAGAAGGUCCAGGAGUCUGUGCUGGACAAGUGGGUGAACGAGCCGCAGCGGAUGGACAAGCGUGUACUGUCUCUGCUGUUCCUGGCCCAUUCCUCCGACGUUCUGGAGAACGCUUUCGCUCCUCUGCUGGAUGACCAGUACGACCUGGCCAUGAAGCGGGUCCGCCUCCUGCUGGACCUGGACCCGGAGGUUGAAGCGUCCAGAACGGGCGCUAAUGAGCUGCUAUGGGCCGUGGUGGCCGCUUUCACCAAAUGAACCUGGUGGACACAGAGAGAGAGAGGGGGGGGAAGAGAGAGAGAGAGAGAGUGAGAGAGAGAGAGAGAGAGAGAGAGAGAACGAAAGACUGGCCUUUGUGCUCUUUGAGCCAGACCCAGAACAAUGGCCUUGGAACUUUGUUUACUGAAUCUAAUAGUGGUGGUGGUUACUCUAAUUGUUAGUGGUGGGAAAAACCAAUAAUGAAGGAGAGGAUAGUAGCGAUGGUGAUUAUAAUGAUAAUAACAAUGAUUCUCAUGAUGAUGGUGGUGAUCUUGAAGGGACAGCCUGCCGCUAACUUCCAAGGACCUGUUCUUCUUCUUCUUCUGCUUCUUCUUCUCCUGGCUGGUAGUGGACACAUGAUUACAGCCUGCUUUGAGGAUUCGUAUAGAGUAAAAGCACUUUCCUAACUAACAGGGUCCAGGAAAAGCUCGGAAAUGUAUCCCACAGAGAAGUUCUUAUGGUCCUUUCUUGCUUUUUUUCCAGCUUAAUCAUGAAUUUCAUCUGGAACCUGGUGUGCUACAUUUAAUCCCAGUCUCAUUCAUGCAGGCCUACAUUUAUACGAGCCCGUUCUUUUUUUUUUUAUGCUACGAAAAUGAUAUCUUGGUAGGUGAAAUUGUCUUAAAUCUAGUCAGUAUAUAUGAUUUCUCAUUAAAUUAUAGGAAUAUAUGAUUAUUUAACUUAAUUCUAGGCAUAAGAAGUGGUUUUAUCCAGUGACAGCCAGUUAACUGCCGGCUUGAAACAGGCCGAGGAAAAUGCAAUUUCACUGAAUAAAAUCAUAUAAAGCUAUAAAACUACUAGUAAAAAUGUCUAGAAAUUUGUUGAGUAAUCUUAAAAUCUUCUUACAGUGGACUUAUCAUUCGAAAUAUCGACUAGCUAUAUCUCAUAAUGAGAGAUAGUGAUGGUUCUACUUUUAUUGGCUUCUCCUCCACGUGGUUAAUGAAGGCAGACGUCUGCACAUUCAGUGAGAAGUGUUAAGCGAGGCGAUCCGUUAAUCGAUUUGAGGCAAUCAGGGUGCUCCCGAAGAUGUAAAAAUAAAUAAUAUUAACAUUUUCAAAUCAUAGCAGAUUGCUCACAGUCUCAGUUCUUAUCCACGUUUUCUUUUAAACUCACUGUAAAAUGGCUUUACUGCUGCUGCAGUGCACUUGAACACGUUUACUCGUCCUAGAUGGUUUUUCACAUAAACCUCCGGGAUGAACUCCAUAACUUUCUCGCUAGCUGAUUCAGGGUCGGAAGAUCAGGACUUUCCUUCAGGAAAGCGACCAAAAGCCCUUCUUUGAUGUUCAUAAGCGACGGACACCAUUACCCAAAAGUUUAAUACCAUCCUGCACUCUUAUAAAGAUCGUUUUUCAAGGGCUCUUUAGUAAAGAAAAUGGUUCCUUGUAGAACCAUGAACACUCAAAGAACCCUCUGCGUCAUCAGAGUUCUUUAGACUGAUGGAGAAUGUGCUGUAGAUGGUUCUAUACAGAACCUUUUUGACAGUGGUCAAAAGACAGUGCCCUUCGUAAAAAGGUUUUAUAAAGAACCGUUAGGCACAUUCAUGCACAUUUUCCAUCGAUCUGAAGAUCCCCUUCAUGAUGCAAAAAACACUUUAAUCAUGCAGAGGGUUCUUUCAGUGUUUGUGUUUAUUCUGUAAAGAACCAUUUUCUUUACUAAAGAACCCCUGAAGAACCAUCUUUUUUAAAAGUAAACUACAUUACAUUUGGCCAUUUGGCUUUUGCACUUUUCUUCAAGUAGCCCAAACUGAGUUUUUCCUCUGCAUUAAUGGCCAGUAAACUAUUAAUUGUUGGUGAUAUUUUACAUCUAAGUGCAUAGUCCCCCUUUUUGAUGUCAGUAGGGCUCCCCCUAGUGGGCAGAGUCUCUGUUGGUCAGCUUUGAAGGAAUUCUCCAGCAUCUUUUUAACUUGGAUCUGUAGCAUAUGAUUUACUACCAAAACGGCAGAAAACCUCACUUAUAAUAGAAGCCAAUAAGCAGGUGCCCAUUGGCUUCUAUUAUUAAUAAGUACAGCAAAACAUGCCGAAAUUAUUGUCUGUGUUAUAUGACUGUGUGCUGCAGAUACUGUAGACAAAGGUUAGGUUAAUAAAUGCUGGAAUAUUCCUUUAAUACAGAUUUAUUUGUGGUCAGUUUUAUUUAAUAUCUGAAUGCCGGUUGCCAGGCUUGCAGUUCCCCAAAGUGCAUCAGCGAAGGCUUUUGUUUCCUGAGGGCUUUUUCAAACCUGCACGCUUUAUAUUGUGAAAGUGUCUCUUUAACCGUGCUUUUUUUGUUGUUGUUGAUUUUACACCCUCACAAUAUGCCAUUUCAGUUUUUUACACUAUCAGACUGUUUCAAAGUUGGAGACGUUUUAUUUCAGUGUGUCUGCCGUUUAUUUUCGUUUGUCAUUCCCCUUACCGCUGCCUCUGUGAUAAACGAGGGACAGAUGUGGACUGAGAAGAAGGAGGGACGUAUUCUCUCUGGCGUGAAUGAAUUUGGGGUUUGACUUGUUGAUGUGCUCUUAGUUAACCAUACUUAAUUAUGUGUAAAUGUAGAGACGAUGUGAGAGGAAAGCCCAGAUUUGUACACAUGCUUUUUACCACGUAAUAAAGGACGAUCCUUUAAGUGCCUGAAUUGGACACAAGUGAA